CAUCACAAAUAGAGUUAUUGAAUAUAAAAAAAAAUCCAUUCAACACUGUUUGGAGCAUUCUCGAAGAUAGCGUGGUAGAGGACGGUACUCUCUUGAAGAAACCAAAAAAUGUCGGAGAUCGAAGCUGGAAAGGGCAAGGCCGCCGGUAUAGUUGGCAUCUUCAUAAUAAUUUUCGGUCUUAUCGAUGUUAUUUUGGGCAUUAUGUGGGCGACCUAUGGAGGCCCUGACGGCCAAGGAUUGUGGUCCGGAUUUCUGCUGUUGUUGAAUGGUGCACUUGGAAUCGUUUGCUGGGUUAAUCGCAACAAAGUAGCGGCGGUUUUCUACUUAAUCUUGGCCCUUUUAAACAUCAUCCUGACGAUCGUACAGGCAGCCCUCGCCGCCUUGGCUUGGCUCAUCUGGCAAAUUAUCAAGGGAGUCAUACUGACCAAGUGCAGUGACGCUAGCGGAAGAUGUGUCUGUCGUGGCGAGUCAAUCCCUAUUGGACUUGAUGACUGUGAUGUGAUUAACACCAUUGACGCCAUCUUCCUCUGUCUGUUGAUCCUCAACGGUCUUGCCGCCAUCUUCGUCUUCGCCGCCUCCAUCAUCGGAUGCAUGGCUACUUGCUGUGCCAGCCAACCGGCUCAACAAACCAACGUGGUAAUUGUGCAACAGCCAGCGGCUGUCGGUAUCGGCCAAGCUCCUCCUCCAGAGCAACAAAGCUACCCAAUGCAGUAGAGCGGGAAUACAACCAGCAAUCGAAUAAAACCAAGAAUAGCCCUGUGUACCAGAGGCUCCAAGCCUUACUCGUGUCCAGACGCGUACUCAGGAUUGGUUGAGGGGGGUGCGCAGUCAUAGGAAUCUUAUAGAAAAAGCAGAGUAUUUGAAGAUUUCUUUAUAAAAAGUGACUCACUUCUGGCCGCCAAGGGGGGUGCGCGCGCACCCCCUGUGUACGCGCGUGGUGGCCAAUCGGACACGACUUAGUCUGGCAAGCUUGAAGCCUCUAGUACCCAGGUUUAUCGAGCACUCGUUUGUCGUCCAUUUUUUCUAUUUAUCACUCUCGUUUCCUAUAUAUACUUCUGUAGAUGAAGAUAAACGUGUAAAGAAAAUCACGUGUAUUAAUUGUACUAUACUUUGCAUUUCGGUACAAACGUAAAAUAUGUUUUAUCCGAUAUCAAGGUUGUGUUGGCAACAGCAUUGUAUUUGUUUAUCUUUCUCGAGCUUGUUUUGUCAUAAAUAUGACUUCAAUAUUAGCAUACAAACUCGAGUUAUA